UGGGCAAAAAGAGGACCCGAAAUGAACAGAGAAAAAGAUUUUGAUGAAGACAUUUACAAAGUUCAAGCGGAUUCGGAUGAUGAAGAACCUGUACCAAUAAAAGAAUCUGUCGUUAUGGGAGAAGAUGGACGUGAAAUGGUUAUUAAACAUGUUAUGGUUCCUUCACAAGCUGAAAUUGAGGAAAUGAUUGUUGAAAGGAAGAAGCAAUAUUUGCUUGAGAAAUUUGCUGGAUAA